GACAUCACGUAGCUGCCUUUGUUGUAAUCCCCGAUCAUCGCUGGUCACUGACAUGCGCCCGUCUUGACCGCCCUUGGGCUCGCACGCAAGUUACGUGUGUGUCUCACUCUUGGCGCUCGCGCACCAGUUUCUGGUCUCUUCUUCAACGCGCGUCUUCGCAUAGUUUCUGCCUGGGGCACUUGAUGACAAGCCUGAGUUUCUCAUGUUCUGACUGCAGUAUCAAUCCAGACAUGGCCGACACCAAGCCAUUACCUCUGUCCGCAAGCGCGGAAGGGGAGACUGCUGCGCUGCAAGCGCAGGUCGUUGACGCCGGCACAAUUGACAAAAACCAUGCCGCCAAGAGCGGCGAAAAGCCAGUGAACACAGCGUCACAGUCCAAGAGGGAUGCAGAUGCUGGCUUCAAAAACUACAUGCGCGUGUUCAAGUACGGGACGGCACUCGACUAUUUCCUCAUCGCACUAUGCUGCAUUACAUCGAUCGGCUCGGGCAUAGCGUACCCGCUGAUGAACAUUGUGUUUGGACAGCUCGUGGGAACCUUCACCGAGUACUUCCUUCCGGUUCCCACCGUCACAAGGGAUGAGUUCCAGGCGGACAUCAACAAGCUCACGCUAUACAUUGUAUACCUCUUUAUAGCGAAGUUCGUACUAACCUACGUGUCAAUGCUUUGCAUCCGCAUUAGCGGACUUCGCAUGUCUGCUGCUCUCCGCUUGGCAUAUCUACGUGCCCUGUUCGCUCAGCCUGUAGCCACAAUCGACACCAUUUCUCCCGGCAAAGUGUCGACCCGAAUCACAACUUCGUCCAACACCGUACAGGUUGCUAUCUCGCAGCACUUCGCCAUGCUCUUCCAGUCGCUCGCGUUCAUCAUCGGGCUAUAUGUCGUGUCGUUCGUCAAGGGCUGGCUCUUGACGCUGGUAGCUUCGGCAGCGCUGCCUUUCAUCCUGCUCGUGUACGGGUUGAUCGUCCCACCUUUUAUCAAGAUCCAGAAGUUGACUACGAAGCACCUCGAGGAUGCCUCAGCCGUGGCGUUUGAAAUGUUCUCGUCUGUUAGGGUCGUGGUGGCUUUUGGCGCUGAGGCUAAGCUCGCCAGGCAGUAUGAGCUUGAGGUUGUUAAGGCUGGAGAAAAUGAGAAGAAAGCUGCGCCCUUCUUGGGCCUCUUGAUGGCGCCGCAGAUGGCGGCUAUGUACGGCACGUUUGGUCUCACGUUUUGGUUUGGCAUCAGGCGCGCGUCCGAGGGACACGGUAAUGUUGGCGACAUCACGGUCGUUCUUUUCUCAGUGAUGAUGGCUGUCAUGAACAUCGGUCGAUUGGCAGGUCCGAUCAUGGCGAUUGUAAAAGCAGCCACGGCCGCACAUGAGCUGUUCGUUACUAUUGACGCACCACUACCGAAUAUUCUAGGUCUUAAAGAGCCUGAGGUUACAGCAGAUGCCGACAUUACUUUCAACAAUGUCGCUUUCUCCUACCCGAGCCGGCCGAACGUGCAGAUUCUGGAUGGUCUGGACCUCACGCUUCCCGCCGGCAAGGUCACUGCGAUAGUCGGGCCAUCUGGAUCCGGCAAAAGCACCAUAGUUAGUCUCAUCCAGCGAUGGUACGAGCUCGCAGGCACGGUAGCAAUCGAGAAGGUCGAAGCAUCGCCCGUUUCGCCGGUCGCAGACGAACAGCAGACUCAGAAGGCCAAGAAGUUCUGGCAACGGACACCAGACAGUGACAAGAACCCAAAGCCUGACAAUUUAUCAGACAAAGCAGAUAAGGAAGACGAGGUUGGUCUGGGCCAGAAUACCUGCACUGGUACCAUAACCAUUGGCCAGACCAACCUGCAAGAUGUCGACCUGAAGUGGUGGCGUUCCCAAGUUGGACUUGUACAACAGGAGCCAUUCCUCUUCAACGACACGCUUUUCAACAACGUUGCAUUUGGCCUGUGCGGGACAAACAUGCAAGACUUGUCGAAAGAGGAGAAGAUGAAGAUGGUCGAAGACGCAUGUCACGAGGCAUACGCUGAAGAGUUCAUCUCGAAGCUGCCCCAAGGGUAUGACACACUGGUAGGCGAGAGCGGCAUCAAACUCUCCGGUGGCCAACGUCAGCGCAUCGCCAUUGCCCGAAGUAUCAUCAAGCAGCCCAGGAUCCUCAUCCUAGACGAAGCGACCAGCGCUAUAGAUGUACGCACCGAACGAAUUGUUCAACAAGCCCUGGAUCGCGUCUCGAGGAACCGGACUACAGUCGUGAUCGCCCAUCGUCUCUCCACCAUCAAGCGCGCAGACAAGAUUGUGGUUCUGCGAAAAGGCCAACUCGUCGAAGAGGGUACGCACGAUGAGCUCGUUCGCCUCGAAGCAGGCAUCUACCGUGGCCUUGUGUACGCUCAAGAACUGGCCAUGGAGCCGGAGGGCACCAACGAAAUAUCCGAAGACGCUCAGCUGGAGAGGGUGAACACACUGGAUGCCAAACGCGCCGCUGCACACGAAGCCCAAUCUGAGACAUCUGAAGCAGAUCCCGAGUACAAGGAACGAGGCCUGGUGCUCAGCUUCGGCCGCCUGCUCUACGAACAACGAAGCCAGUGGUUUCUUUACUCCAUCUCAGCCAUCGGGAUCCUCAUGGCCGGAGCUAUCUACCCGCUUCAAGCCUUCAUAUUCGCCAAAGUCAUUGAGGUUUUUACUUUCACUGGCGACCGGCUGGUCAGUCGAGGCAACUUCUGGGCUGGCAUGUUUGGCGUCGAAGCGGCAGCUGUCUUCAUCGCGUACUUUGUCAUUGGCUACGCGCUUCACUACGUCGAGGUCAUCGUGACUGCAAUCUACGGCCAGGAGUACCUGAACAACAUGAUGCGCAAGCGAAUCGCGUGGUUCGACGACCAGGGACACAGCCCUGGGUCGCUCACCUCCCGCCUGAGCUCAGACGUCACGCAACUGCGCCAGCUUAUGACUACGGAGAUGAGCAUUGCGCUGAUUGCAGUCGUCAAUCUCGCGGGCUCGUUGCUCAUUUCCUUCGUCUACGGAUGGAAGCUCACACUCGUGGCGCUAUUCUCCAUUAUGCCGAUAAUUCUGGGUUCUGGCUACAUGCGCAUGCGCCUGGAGAUUCAGUUCGAGAAGAAGAACGCCAAGGUGUUCGAGGAGAGUAGCCAGUUUGCCACCGAGGCUGUUGGCGCCUUCCGGACGGUGCUCAGUCUGAUCAUGGAAGACACGAUUGGCGAUCGAUACCAAAGCUUGUUGGUCAGCCAUGUGAAGCACGCCUUCGGCAACGCGAAGUAUUCGACAAUUGUUUUCGCCGCAAGUGAUAGUCUUGAGUUGGGUUGCAUGGCGUUGGCGUUCUGGUACGGCGGCAAGCUGCUCGCUGAGAGGGAGUAUGAUAUUGUCGACUUCUUCGUCAUCUACACUGCGGUAGUUCAAGGUGCUAUCGCUGCCGGCAUGUGGUUCAGCUUUGCACCGAACAUGGCUCAGGCGACGGGAGCUGCAAACCGGAUUCUGAGCAUGCGCCCUCCAAAAACCAUAGCUGCUCCUACCUAUCCAGCCCUACGCAGUCCCUCUAGUAGCGUUGGGGUUGACUUCGAGAACGUCAGCUUCGCCUACAAGUCGCGCGACAUACAAGUCCUCGCGAACCUCAACCUGCAUGUUGCCCCCGGGCAAUUCGCUGCCUUGGUGGGAGCAUCUGGAUGCGGCAAAUCCACCACCAUCUCCCUCCUGGAGCGCUUCUACGAUGCAACAUCGGGCACGAUCCUGUACAAUGGCCAGGACAUAACGAGCCUCGACCCUGCGCUCUACCGGCAACAUCUCAGUCUCGUGUCGCAAGAACCGACGCUGUACGAAGGCACCAUCAAAGAAAACAUCGCUCUCUCUGUCGACAGCGCCACUGAUGCGGACAUCGAAGCUGCGUGCACCGACGCGCAGAUCCACGAGUUCGUCGUGUCUCUUCCAGAUGGGUACAACACGCGUCUCGGCCCCAAGGGCAUGAGUCUGUCCGGCGGGCAGAAACAGCGUCUCAGCCUUGCAAGGGCGCUCUUGCGCAGGCCCAAGUUGCUCUUGCUCGACGAGGCCACUUCGUCGCUCGACAGCGAGAGCGAGAAGCUGGUGCAAGCUGCAAUUGAAAGGGCGGCUGGCGAGGGAGGCAGGACUAUCAUCGCUGUUGCGCACCGACUCGCGACGAUUCAGAAGGCGGAUGUCAUUUUUGUCAUGGGUAGUGGGAGAGUCCUUGAGCAGGGUAACCAUCAGGAGCUGCUGAAGAAGCGGGGUGUGUAUUGGCAGAUGUGUCAAGCUCAGGCUUUGGAUCGUUGAGCGCAGAUGGAUCGUAACGCAAGUGAGGAGGGACAUAGUCGGACUCAAAGGCUUUGGUAGCUCUAAUCAUCGUGGUGGAAUCACAGUUGGAGCAUUUCCAGGGGCAUAUAGAUGAGCGGAAUUUGCCUCUGAGGGGUUGUAAUAUAGAUAUUUCGAUAUGCUCGGUGCCGUCUCAUUGUUAUCCGGUGCCCUGCGCUCCAUGCGUGUGCCCUGGCGAAUUUUUGCCAGAGUACGGUCGGUCAUCG